CAACAGGCAAGGGAGAAAACUUUACACACCCGCACCCCUUUAUUGCAGUGCACUCCUCCCAGUACCGUGCAUGCAUGACUGGAGCAGCAGUUACCAUAUCCACAGUCCAGGGAGAGGACUGACACUCAACACCUUUUGGUGGGACAUUUUAAAACUCUUUCCAAGGCUUGGUUGCUACUCAGAGCUGGGAUAUACACUGGAAUCGUCCCAGGCGGACAGAGAUAGAGAGGGGAUUGGUCCUCCGGACACCCGGGCCGGGGCGUGCUGUUGAUCUUUGAGGGAAACGGAGAGGGGAGAGUCUAAUCUGUCCCGCUGGAGAUUUAUGACCACGCCGCCAGCCCUCAUCUCUGCCUCUUCCUCAUCUGUGUGCGGAUAGGGAACCAGCCUGUGGGAACCUGUUCCUAGGCUCCUGCUCCUCCCACCCACCCACCCACCGCCAGCAACUUCCUCACCCAUUCCCUCCUCCCCCAUAAGGGAGAGAAACUGGGUCUGGAUUUCCCAAUCCUGAAGGCAAGCAUCGCUGUUGUUGAUGUUGAUCUCCUCCACCGUUCCCGCCUGCCUGUUCUCCCUUGGUUUGCUCUCCACAUUGAAGAACAUUCUUUUGGUUUUGUCGACCAUUUAGAUAUUUGGUUGACGAGCCAGCCUCUCCAUAGAUACUUGAUAUUAUCGUCCAUGUGUUGAACCCCUCCUGCCGCCGCACAGGCCGUCAGACAUGGACCUGUCCCUGUGGCAGUACCAGUUCAGGAUCAUCAUGCUGGGGGACUCCACGGUGGGGAAGUCCUCGCUGCUCAAGCGCUACACGGAGGACGCCUUCCUGGAGAACAUCAACCAGACGGUGGGGGUGGACUUCUACGUCCACUUCCUGGAAGUGGAGCCCGGCGUCCGCAUCAAACUGCAGUUCUGGGACACGGCGGGCCAGGAGCGCUUCAGGUCUGUGACGCGUUCCUACUACCGCAACUCUGUCGGCGGCCUGCUGGUGUUCGACGUGACCAACCGCGCUUCCUUCGACCACGUGAAGGACUGGCACGACGAGGUGUGCGAGCGCGUCGUGCCGCAUCGGGUCAUGUUCACCCUUCUGGGCCACAAGAGCGACUGCGAUGCGGACGACCACAGCGAGAGGGUGAUCAGCCGGGAGGAGGCGGAGAAGUUAGCGAGCCGCAUGGGGAUGCCCUAUGUGGAGGCGUCGGCCAAGACGGGCAACAACGUCCAAGAGGCGUUCGAUGUGCUGAGCCGGCGGAUCUACGACGGCCUGCUCAGCGGAGAGGUGGAGCUCCGCGAGGGAUGGGACGGCGUGAAGUGCACGACGCCCCAGGGGUUGAACGCGCAGAGGGAGGGAGCCGCCGGGCAGCCGCAGACUGCCGACGGAACCAAGCGCAAGAAGAAGUGCUGCGGAUGAAGCCGGAUGGGGUCAAAGACUUGUGUAAUUAUCCUUCUUUGCUGAUUGGUUGGAACCGCAUGAGUCAAUCGCAGUGACUGCCAACAAGCCUGAGCUUGUCGCUAAAUAGACUGAAGAAUUACCGUCCUUUUCCUAAAAGUGUUAUUUGUUGACAACAUGACAGCAUUGCCACACACUGAUGUGUAGCCUACAUCUCGUUUUUAUUUAUGAAAUAAAAACGAUUUAAGUAAAGCUACCGUACAAAGAAAACCAAUUUACUAAUUUAAUCGAUCAUGCCCCUACAGGAACUAUGAUAAAUGCAUCGUCUAUCAAUCAGGAUUCAUAUGGCCCAGACAUAACUGGAUAAUUAUAUCGAUAUAUAAAUGAAUAACUGGCAACUAGAUAACUAAGUAUACUACUAGAUUCAAACACAGUGCCAAACACAUACACAAAAAAAACUAUUUUUAAUGACGUAUUAUUUUGACAAUUAAAAAGAAAACUAAAAACAUUAUUUGGGUUGGGACAAGAGCGGAGAUUAGCCAAAACAACAAUUAUGUAACGAAUAAUCCGGUACUUGUAAAAUACUUUCAACAGCAAGAUUUUUUUUUUUCCACUAAAGGAAACCGAUUCUUCUUACACUUACUAACAAUAUCAAAACACAACAUGAAAGCAAAAGUAGUCUUAAUAAAAAAAAAAAACACACCAUCCCAUACAUGUGUACUCAAUGUAAAAAAUAAUUUGCCAAACAAAGAAGAAUGGGAUUGUGAAAGUACUGGCAAAACAACUAAACAUUAAGAGAAAAACCAAUGGGUGAAGAAGAAACAUAUUUACCCCAUACCCUCCCAUCGUAAUACCCGUUACCCUAGCUAUCCAAUAUUAUCACAUACAUAUUUUGUAUGUAACCCACUGUGUCCAAUCAUCUCCUAGUAUGUUACACUGGGUGACCAAUCAUCUUAUAGUAUGCAACACUGGCUGUUCAAACCUCGUCGUUCACAACCCAUACCUUAUUUUAUUGUACCUCCCCCUAUCAUCGAAUCAUCCGUGGUGGACAAGCCAUGUUGAAAACAAGGAAAACAUUAGAAAGAUCCCGGUGGAUGGGUACGGAGUACAGUGGAGCCGUCAUUUUUACUUUUUGGUUGUCUUGCGGAUCAGUGCCAUCCUCUGAAAUGAGAGAAAAUCACAGUAUAAAUUGUUAUUUGAACACAAGUUGGCCGUUUCUUUCCCCAAACAUCUUUUUAGAUCCCGUUCCAUUAAGCAGGAUAUCUUUAAAAAUACCAAAAUUAUUAUUAUAUUCAUAUAAAAUAAUAUACAAUUAUAUAUUGUCAUCAGUCAGUAACCUGUGACAGUCCCCCAACCCCCCAAUUAUCCAUUAAAUUAAUUAUUAAUGUAAUUAUUAUUUUAUAUGGUUCUAUUGAAAUUAUUUGACCCAUCACUGCUGGUUUUGAUUCACCAUUUUGUGAACAUGGUGAAAAAGGAAUAGAGCAAAUCAAAUCUGGUCACUGACUGAAACCCGAACCAGUAUGGUGAAAAGAAAUUGCCCAAUUUAACAUCAAAACACAUUUUGUACCACACUCUACCCUUAACGCGGCCGUCACACAGAGAUACCCAUUCACAUGCACUGACCUGUUUGUGUGCCUCUGUGGUGCAGGCCUUCUUGAAUGGCCGGAUCUCCUCUGAACCGUAGCCAGGGAUCCACAUGUUCCACUGGCGCUCUGGCAGGGAAACAACGAUCAUUAGUCAACCAACAAUCAACAACGCAGCUUCUCUCCCCAAAAGGACAAAUAAGGACGCAUUUGGCGGACGCUACCCAAAGCAUCCGCCAAAUGUCCCACGUAUCAUGUGUCACGCGGAUCACACUCAACGCUUGUAUCCAGUGUCUUCAAAUAAACACUGUGCAUUGCUAGCAUGGGUGGCUGCAGUGGGAAACAAACCCGUAACCCUGGCAAUGUGAAUGCCAUUCUCUACAAGUUGAGCUUGAUUGAACCAACCAAAAUGAAUGCUCAAUAAAAAAUUAAGUCUUGA